GUGUUUUGGUGUCGAGGCUCCGGGGGAUUUAAACCUCCAUAGUGUCUUCUUGCUUCUGUGUUUUGAGCUACAUUGAAAGUGUGUAGGCGCCGCUGAGCUAUGGAGGAGGGGCAGGAGGGUGUGAGAGAGGCCGUGCUUGAGGAGUUAGCCCGGUUAGGAGUGCAGGAUGUGAGAAAUACAAGUGAGGCAGGAGGAAAGAAGAGCCAUCAUGGAAGUAGAUUUCAUGUUAGUCUCCACUCCUCCACGGCAUCUGCCAAGGGCAAGCCAAAAGGGAAGAGGAGUCCAGGCAGGUCUAUGGCAUCCAAGAGUCCCAUGAAAGUGCGAGAUGAAAGGAAACACACCCCCAAGUCGCCGUUCUCCAGUGCCAAGAGGAGGGCUGAGGUGCGGCGGCUCAACAAUGCCAAUAAGGAGAAUAAGGUGUUUGGGCAAGGGCUGAGUCAGGUGCCACAAGUGUGUGUGCUUUUGAACAGUGGAGGUGAGCAGGUGAAGGUGCCACAGCUCUUGGUUGACCUAUGUAACCACAUCCGUCGCAACAUAACUACCGAAGGAAUCUUCCGUAAGGCCGGAUCAGCUCAUCGCCAAAAUGACCUCAAGAAACUUUUGGAUGGGGGAAGCAGUCUGCCUUCCAGUGUGCAUGUCAUUGACUGUGCCUGCCUCCUGAAGCAGUACCUCCGAUGCUUGCCAGAACCUCUGCUCUUCUCUGAGGUGCAUACCAGAGUGGUGGCCAGCAUGGAUCUGGAAUCAGAGACUCGUGUAGAAGCUAUGGCACUGAGCAUCCUUCUUCUGCCUCGUACACACAUUGACACACUGCUCUAUCUCGUAGAUUUUUUCUCUGAGGUUGUAGAGGCCAGCAAUAGCAACAAAAUGGAUGCAAGGAACUUGGCAAUUGUUCUGGCUCCCAACCUUUUACCACCCACCUUGUCCCAUCCUCCUGCCCUUCGUCGGAAGUCUUCAUCCUUCCCAGACUCCACUUCAGAGGACACAAUGCUCACCAAAAACAUAGAAAUACUGCAGCUACUUAUUGAAAAUGCUGCUACUGUAUGCCGAAUGCCCAGCUAUGUGGUGGAGACACUGGAACCACGGCACCGCAGUCAGUCCACUGAGGAUCUCAUUGGCAUCACUGUACAACCACUGUCAUCCUCCAGCAGCAAGCAGGCACAGCAGCAGCCCUCAGCACCAAACAAGAAGAAGCGCCGUAGCGCCUCCAUUCACCGAUUAAUGACUGGAUUUCGGCGAGUAGUGGGCCAGAGUCGCCCUGAUCCAGCAUCUCCAGCAGAUGAUCCCACUAGUUUGGAGGCAUAUCCAGGGAUAGCUCUCUCCCCCAUCAUUUCUGUGGGUAAUCCUACUCCAAGGAAACGAAAGUCUGCUGAUGCCCAUGCCUUAGGAAUUGUGGAAUUCAGGGAGCAGGCUGAGCUUUCCCAAGUCUCUCCACCCACUUGCAAGAAAGCCAAGCUUGAGGGUGAUGCUACCACUGCUACUAAGCCUUCUACCCCAUCUAGCAUCCCUUUUCCUCACAGUGCUUCUUCUGUAAAACGAUCAGAAGGUGUGGGCAGACCUAAGACCAUUCCAGCAACCACUUCUGAAGAAAUCUUGCCAAAGAGCCCUUGGACCAGCUUGCAUCCCAUUGUACCAUCCAACAGCACCAAAGGCAGGAGGAGUGUGGACUCCCUGUACCCUCCUAUGACAUGUAGUCCAUUCCAUCCAGUACAAUCUCAGAUGAUAGCUUCACCUUUACUAGUUCCUCCUAGUACACCCCUCAUGAAGAGAAGAAGCUUUGACAUUCCUUUAAGAAGUGGGGGAGUCAAGAGAGCAAACACAUGUGAGGCGGGUGGCCAGGCAACCCGAAGGAGGAGUAGCAGUAAGGCCCUUAAUGAGCCUGAUGGUGCUGAGUCAUGGACUCCUGGGCCACGUGGUGUGCCUGACGGGGCAGAGUGUACCCUUCGUAGUCACCCCAGCACUGCCCUACAGGCUCUGGAGCAGCAGUAUGAUGACAUAAAGAGUGUGGUGCGUAGGGAAGAAGAACAACUAGAACAAAGUGCAGUGAAUCACAUGAGGGCUGCCCUAUUUCCCAACAUCUCAACCAGCAGCCAGAAUCUAAGUUGUUCAGAGAUGAUCCAGAGUGCAUAUGAACGCAUGAAGGUGGAAACGGAAGGCCAGCUAGUCACCCCUGGACCCUCAGACUCACUAUCACGCAGGCUAGACCGUGAAUUGAAGAUAAGAAACAGGCGCAGUGGUGGGGAACACAGGGUCAUCCGGUCUCCCAGUGAACGUAGAAUUGGCACUAUUCGACGGAGGUCAAAAGAAAGUGUGCAGAACACUGCAAAAAGCCUUAUUACUGCUGAGGAGAUUGGCUCACCAGCACCUACUCCUACCGCUGUCUUCCAAACGCCCAAGAUGAAGGCAGCACUACUUAGCACCCCGGCUUCUACUUCCCUUCGCAGAGGCCGCCCCAACUCAGUUAAAUCUGGUUUGCCUUUGGUGGUACGUUCCUCAGCCAGCAGCACCCUAUCUCCAGGGAUCCAGACUGACAACACUACACCAAGGUUAAACACCAGUCGCAUGGUGGUUGUCAACAGGCGAGAGGACAGUACUACUCCCCAGGAGAGGUCACUAAAGAAAAACAAAAAGAAACAAUCUCUUGAAAGUGACAGGAAGAUGACAGGAUUUAGAGCAUCCCCAAACCAUUACCUGCGUCAUCGUAGUGCCAUUGGCAGAUCACCUUCUGAUGCCAUGGAAAACAAUCCUAGCAGAAAGGAAGAGGAUCUGUCAAGCAGCUUCCUGGAGGAGGUGAUGGGCCCCAUGACUCGCAGACGGUCCAGCCAUCUCUCUCUUGCUUCUUCUCUCCCUAAACUGAAGCUUUCACCUUCUCCCCAGUCAGGUCAGGCAAGCCCAGAAGAAGAUUGGGUAUGUGCUCCAGAGUAUCUCAAGGGUGAGAGUGGGGAGUGUGGUGAGGGAGUGGUAGGGCGACCCUCAUUGGCUGCUCUGGUCAAACAAAAGAAAGUAAGCUCUACCCUUCAGUUGUUUAAUAACCUUCAGCCAAAUUCCCCAUACACUUCCUGCUCCUCAGCCACCAGACAGCAGCAGCGAGGCCGAACAUCCCGACUUACUCCCCGUACCACAAUGACUCCUCGUGACCUUCUCAAGGUGAAAGUGCCACCCUCCCCAACUCCAACCAGAAUAGCAGUUGUUGCCCCUCUGAGGGAGAGUAAACUCAUCAACAUCCAACAAGAGCCUUACAAAUCCAAGACUCCUCGAGGAUGUCCAUCUCUCCCACCUCACCAAGACUCAAAUAACCCACCAAAGUUACCUCCUCGUGGAGCAGUCAGGCCUUCCCCAGUGAGAAUGCAAUAUAGAUAACAUCAUCUAAGUUAUGUUUCUAAUAUCAGUAUCUUCAUUUUAUGUGUAUUGCUGGUGUGUGUGUGUGUGUGUGUGUUUUUUUUUUUUUUUUUUUUUUUUCAAUAUCUUAAAACUUUUUAUUUUAGAUUUGGUCUAUAGAUAACCAAAUUCAGUUGACUUUGAUUUUAUGAGGAUAAUGAUAUGGUGCUGGUAACUUUUAUCAUGAGGAAUAGAUGCUUUAGCUGAUGAUACGAGUAUGUCCGGAUAUUGGAGAUCUUGUCUUCCUUUUACUAAUUUGUAUCAGCAACAUCCCUCAUACAAAAGCAGCAGUCAUCAUGGUGGUUAUUCAGCUCCCUCCAUACUCUGCAAAUAGCAUAGCAAAAGACAUGGCCUUCAGCCAACCUUCUAGAGUAGAUAAAUAGAUUCCGUAUGUCACAUAAGAGGCCUGUGGCUUUUCCUGGUUACCCAUGGGAGAGUCCAAAGUAGAGUCAUUAUGCUACCCAGAAUCUGGCAGCUUUUCAGUUUUUUUACUUAUGCUUUCUUCCUGUUUAAUAUCCUAUUUGGAAAUUAUUUAAAGACAGUCUAUGCUGUAGCCACGAAAAAUAUUAAGCCUCCCAGAAAAUAUUUUAAAACCAGGAUAUCUUAGUAUUUUUGUGCUACCAUUUGAUGAUGCAGAAAGAAAAUAUGUAUUAACAUUAAAUUUGGCACCAAAAAUUUAUUAAUGAAUAGUAAAAAAAAAUCAUAGUAAACGAAACUUAUGUCAAAAUUUGUUGGUAGUAGAGUAAGUGUGCCAUUCAUAUUGCCAUAUCUGUCAAACAGAAUUAUAGGGUGUAAUGAAUGACUGGUAAUCUCAUGCUUUCUUGGGCAAAAUAGUAAUAAGUCACUUUUUGUCAUUGUUUCUUGGCAUGCCUUUCCUGAUUUCAUCUUUGUCUUUCACUCAGAAUUUUAGUUUUAAGCUCAUCAUAUAGAAAACAAUAGUCAAAUAUUGAUUUUAUACCUUCUUUUUCCUGUUUUUGAUAUAUAUGUGAACUUCAAAUAAAAAGUGUGUGUGUUAAAGAAAUUGCAUGCCUAUGCUUUCAAUGUACACAGCUUCCAUUUGGUGCCAUAAUAUAGAAGUACAACAGUGGUGUGUGAAGCAGGCAGGGUCUUUGUUCUUCCCCUAGCAAAAAGUACACUGCUUUGUUUACGACACUGAGCUUGUAAUACUGCAGUUUAUUCAGUAUGCUGCACAUGUUUGUUUCUUAGAAUAUCAUUACAGGAAGUUGUUAUGGGAAAGGGAGCAACAAAUUGUUCAUUAAUAAUAAGAUGAACGUC